GUGCGCCGCCGGCCGCCGCGCCGUCCCCCAAAAACCCCGGCCGUGCGCCGCGCCCGGCGAUUGGCCAGCGGUGGUCACGUGACCAGACGGAUCAUUUAGCGUGCCAGUCGGCCGGGCGCGCUAGUGGUGCGGUUGGUGUCGAGCCGGUGGGUCGUGGCGUGCUCCCCGUGCUGAGCUGACGCCUGUGAACGGGAGAGGAGCUGACCAGUGGUGUCGGCGGAGAUACUAUGUGCUGUGCGGGACCGGCGGUAGUGGACAGUGACCCCAGCGCCGGACGACGCACGCCCUAAUGAGGUGUAACGCGACAACGCCCCAUGAACAUAUCUAAGCUUGGGCCACAACUCGUUUUAGUUGCAACUCUUCUGAUGAUGUUACUCACCGUCGGGUGCUCGGCGAUGCCCUCCAUUCCCGACGAUCACAACCGAGCGUGUCGAAAGGCGUCGUGCACGUACGCCCACCUGUUCGUGCCACGACGCUGCAAGUACGACAGCCUCGUCUCAGUCUACCGAAAUGGCACGGUGGACGCCAGCUCGCGCGAGAAAACCCAAAACAAUCUACUGCGGUUCCAGACCGAUAUCAGCCAAACGGAAACUCAGGAGCAGGGAAAGCUCUUCAUUCACAUCUACAACCAGAGGGCGAAGAGGUACAUCUGCUUCUCGCGCUCCGGCAGAGUAAAGACCCGGAAGCGGUUGCCGCCGAGCGGCCGGGGUCGGCACAGUCGGCUGACGUGCCGAUUCGUGGAGCAAAUGCCCAGAGACGAGAGCGGCCACCUGUACACCAUGUACGUGGCCGACGAGCCGCGCCGGCCCAGCAGGCGGGAGCGCGUCAUUGCCUUCUGCAGCGGCGGCCAGGCCAGCCUGCUCAGGCUGCCGUCCGCGCACCGCAUGGCCAGGAGACGUCUGCGACAGUGUGACGCGCGCCGGCUGGCCGGCAGGCGCGCCGCGCGGCGGCGACACCGGCAGAAGCGCGCCGCCGCCAACCGGCAGCGCCGGCGGCGUCGGCAGCGUCGGCAGCGACGCGCCCAGUGCCAGUUCGUGUUUAUGAAGCAGCCGGUGUCGUCGUACCGGGACGCCGUGCGCGCACUCUGACUGCCAGCCGCGCCCAAGCGCGCCGUGCCACGUACAAAGGGUGAUAGGCGGCCAGGACUUGUGGCGGCCAUUGUUAUGUGACUGCGUGAUGCGCGGUGCCAUGUGUUUGUAUGUGAAUGUGCGUGCGGCGCACCAGUGCGUGUGUGUCUGUGCGUGCGCGUGCCAUCGUUGUUUCACUCAUUUGCUCUGUUUUGCUCAAAGCCAUCCGAUGUUUGUCCCAGCGCAGUGGCGGACCAGCUCGUUAAUAAUCAUUACACGUCAUAGUAGACUAUCGCACUCGUCGGCUUUGCGCUUCAAUGGACUCUUAAUUUCAUUACUUCCCGCCAGGAACGGCGGCUGGUUGAAUUUUGGCGCGACGGAGCGGUGAAUUUGGCGCGCCCAGGCCAGGUGCCGGCGGGAAUCAAUUUCCACCUCUCGACUGCGACGCCCGUCAAAACAAAACCAAAUUAGCCGGCUUCCGCACGGCGCGUCAGCUCUCCGUGCCAGAUGGACGGGUUUAAUUAGCGAAAACAGGGCCCAACUGCGCGGCGCGCGCGCUCGACCGCCGCCUGCCGGACCCCUAUCACCGGCCAUCUCCCGGCGGCCGCCGCGCCGCGCUGUUAAUAGCCGAUUAACGCGCGCGCCCGCGACACCAGGACGGCGCGCAUCGUCCGUAACAGCUCCAUCGGCAGCGGGGCGCGCCCGUCGCCACCGGCUGAGCGUGCGCCGCCGUCAGAGCGGCCCGUGCGCGCCGGCGGCCGCCGGUCUGUCGUGCCGCGCCCCGCCCCGCGCCGUAAUGUCAGGGUGUCGGUGGUGUAAUCGCCACUGCGCCGGACACCGGCGCGGCGCCCGGCAUCAUUAUAAAUGACCGCCACUUCCUCCGGUAAACAGGGCUGCGGCAGCGGUCCACCGGCCCUGCCCGCACCCGCCUUCCUGCCGCUCGCUGACGUAUCAAUUCACACGCUCCGCGCCGCCCUGGUUCCCGGCUGUCCGCCGCUCAAAAUCCCGUCAUCGCUCUCUCAGACAUACCGCCCGACUGCCUUACUCGCGCCGGCAGGGAGCCGCGCGCUGGCCGUCGGUGCACGCGCCGCAGCGCGCUGGGCCGUACCCGCGCCGCCGGCGUGUCGUCGGCGCUGUGUCGCUGGCUCCGAAUGGAAUCUCCCACCGUUUAUGCACGGUGCUGUUGAUGUGCGUACUGCCCCGGCAGUCCGGGCGACCCGGGGUCCGGGCCCGCCGCGCGCGCCACGCCGAGGCGACUCGCCAGCCUCUCGGCUUUUAGGGUUGGCGUUUUUACGCUAAAUUGCGCGAUAUUUUAUGGGUGGAGGUGGUGGUGUGGUGGCUGUGACGCCUGGCGCGGCGGCGGUGGCGGGUCAGCGCUGGGUCACUGUCAGGUCACUGUCGGCGGCGGCCUCGUGCGUCCCGACCUCGUGUCCUGCGGCAGUGACCGGCGCGCAUCCGCCGCCGCCGCCGCCGCCGCCGCCACCGCCAUCACUGCUCUCCUCCGCGAGCACAUAAUCAGUAUUUAUUUCUGCUCUCGCAGAGUUGUGUUGUAAGGGUCACUGCACGCCGACACUUCCAUUCAACACGCCGACACUUCCCAUCCAACAUUCCUUGUCUAAAUAUUGCGAAGAUAAAAUGUGGCGUACUAGUCAGUUUGUGUGUUGUUGGGAGUACCUCUCCAUUUACGAACAAGGAUGUGUAUCUGAUUGUAAAUAGUUUUUUUAGUCAUUUUUGUAGAUGGAUGUUUCAUUAUUACUUCUGUAAUAUAUUUUGGCACUAACAAUGUAAAAUAAAAUAAAUCAUGUCAGCGUGUA